AUACCCACAAUGCACUGCUGUAUGACUCAUAUCAAUAACGGCUUGUCCACACCAAAAACUAUAACUGUGGAUGGGUCUUAACAGUAGGGCAAAUUCUCUGACCGGAAGGUUGUCUCAUAAAGAUAGGGCAGCCUGUAGCGUAGUAGUUAAGGUACAUGACUGGGACCCUCAAGGUUGGUGGUUUGAUCCCCGGUGUAGCCCCAAUAAAAUCACAGCUGUUGAGCAAGGCCCUUAACCCUGCAUUGCUCCAGGAAAUUGUCUCCUGCUUAGUCUAAUCAACUGCAAGUCGCUUUGGAUAAAAGUGUCAGCCAAAUUACAUGUAAUGUAAUGUAAAAAGAUCUUCAAAUGAACACAGUAAUUUGUUUCAUACAAUUUUAGGUCCUUAUUAUCUUGUUUGUGGGUUUCCCUUUUCAUUUAUUAAUUAACCAGUGAAUUAAACAUCAAACCUGCGCAGAUGGAUUAGUGUAGCCUUGCUCAGAAGCCAGUUUGAGAGCAUGCUCGAUAAAGAUGUGGUGUCUGUGUGUGAAAUGAGAUGAGGAUUGUGGAUAUUCACACAGACUGGCAGUCUGACGCAUGCUGUAACGGAGCAGGAGGGGACAGCUUUACUGCGCAUUACUCCUGGCUCUUAGCAUAGAUCCUGUAAUCCCAGGGAAAAGGCAGGCUGCGUGCGGAGGCGCUAUUUCCAGAACUUUCUUUAGAUGUACUCUAAUGGCAUUACAGGUAAGCAUUUGAAAGUAUUUUAUCAUUCUCACAUAAAUACUUGCCCAAAAACAGUUUGAAAAUACAAAAAAAUGGAUACAAAAAAAUGGUUGACCUGCACCUGGCUCUUCAGUUUUGACUCAGGAAGUCUGUUAUUCAUGUAACAAGUGUUGACCGCAUAAAAAAAGAUCUGUCGUCUGGCAGUCGGAAGGUUGUCGGUUCGAAUCCCCACUCUGGGCGUGUCAAAGUGUCCCUGAGCAAGACAUCUAACCCCCAGUAUCUCCUGACAACCUGAAUGCUGCCUUGCAUGGGAGCCUAUCGCCGUUGGUGUGUGAGUGUGUGGGAAUAGGUGAAUGAGAGGCACCAAUUGUAAAGCGCUUCAGAUAAAAUCUCUAUAUAAAUGCAGUCCGUUUACCAUUUAAAUCAUUCGCACUCUAAAAUUAAUUUUCAGGCUGUUAAAGUUGAAUUAUGCUAUUUUUUUAUUUUAUUUUUUUACAAAUGCAGAAUGGACAUCUAGCACAGACGUUUCAGCUCUGCCAUCCUCAGUACGCAGUACUCUGCCAUCAGUACGCAGGUUGGCCAGAGCCAAGACGGAAGCGACUCAAGAGCUGGCCAUCUGGGUACUGUGGACUAGUCUGUGGCUCUGAUACAGAACCUGUCAGGCUCGGUAGAGGGUUUCCAUGGUAACAGUGGAACACAGAGCGCCGGGACACCUGUUAGAACGAGAGGCUGAGAGCCACACUUGGCGCAGGGCAGUGUUGUGUUUUUUGGAGCUGGUGGGGGCUCUGGACGCCCAGAAGAUUUCGGGAGUGGCCUGUGGGCUGGCCCACUCGGUGGCGGUGAAUGAGCAGGGCCAGGUGUUCACCUGGGGGGCCGGCGGCGGGGGGCAGCUGGGCCUGGGGACGACAGAGGAGGUGGUCAGGAUACCCAGGUUGAUUAAAAAGCUGUGUGAACAUCGAAUUUCUCAAGUCAUGUGUGGCAACCAACACUGUAUAGCACUUUCUAAAGAUGGACAGCUGUUCACGUGGGGUCAGAACGCCAGUGGCCAGCUGGGUUUGGGGAAGGGCAGACCGUGCUGUCUGUCCCCCCAGCCCCUGAAGUCCCUGUCGGGGAUCCCCCUGGCCCAGAUCACCGCAGGGGGGGACCACAGCUUCGCCCUCUCCCUCUCUGGAGCCGUGUUUGGCUGGGGCAAGAACAGCGCGGGACAGCUGGGCCUUAACGACGAGCAAGACCGGGCCGUCCCCUGCCAUAUAAAGUUCCUGAGGACACAGAAGGUUGUUUACAUCAGCUGUGGGGAGGAGCACACGGCCGCCCUGACAAAGGACGGGGGCCUGUUCACGUUUGGGGACGGAUCGCAGGGACAGCUGGGGCACGACUCCACCAACAACGAGCUUCUGCCUCGCCGGGUCCUGGAGCUGAUGGGCAGCGAGGUCUCCCAGAUCGCCUGCGGCAGAAGCCACACCCUCGCCUUCGUGCCUUCCUCUGGGCUGGUCUACGCUUUCGGCUGCAACAGCAAAGGGCAGCUGGGCACAGGAAACAAGGGCAACGCACAGAGCCCACUUCCUGUCACCCACAUAGGAAGUCCCCGACGGUCAGGAAGUCAGAAUGGUGCACUCGGGAGGUCCUGGACAGCCAUGUUCAGGGACGUCGGCAGGCGUGUUUUUCCUUGGAGACAUUCAGCUAAUGCUCUUGACACAGAGAGGUGCAGUGUUAGCAGAAUUCAUUGUGGAGGGGACCACAAUUUCCUGUUGUACUGCAGUCGGGAGAGCUCUCCUGCCCCCGAAGACUUCCGCAUCAUUAAUUCCACAAAAAGCAUCUCCGUAAUUAAUCAGGAAAGUUUAAAUGCCUGGAGGGUGAAACUCCUUGACGGCUCAGAUUCCAGUAUAACUAAUGACAUCAUCCUGCUCCUUUCUUCAACUGCCUGUUGGAACGCCAGCUUCCUGGAUCUAAGCGAUGAUGGACACUUCAGAACCAACCCCAAAAUUCCUGGGAUUGAUCUGAAAUCUGUGAAGGUGGUAUUUGACACCCUGAUGAAGCCCGCAUUUUCAAGGCUGCUGGAACAGGCCACAAAGAGUUUCGAGAGCCUCCUGAUUCCCCAGCUGCCCCCGUCUCCUCCGGACGUAGAGGCCAUGCGGAUCUACCUGAUCCUGUCCGAGUGCCCGGUCCUCCAGGACUCCAAGUACUACAUCACCCUGACCAUUCCCCUGGCCAUGGCCAUCCUCCGCCUGGACACCAACCCCAGCAAGGUCCUCGAUAACUGGUGGUCUCUGAUGGACUGCAGUGUGUUCUCACGGCUGGUGGAGAUGUACAAGAGCAUCGUGGUGUUCCUGCUGACCAGCGGGAAGGCCGUGCUCAUCCCCGUGUUCGUGGACAGCUACAUCAGCGCCACCCUCAAACUCCUGGAGAAGUUGCACAAGGUCAAUCAGAGGGCCCAGCACGUGGAGUACAACAGCUUCUACAUUCCCGACAUCAGCAACCUGGUGGAUAUCCAGGAGGACUACCUCAAGUGGUUCCUCAGCAAGGCUGAAAUCAAAAUGAGGUCCCCACCGGUGCAGAGCUCCGUGACGCUGUGCGCAUUUCCGUUCAUUCUGAACGCCCAGGCGAAGACCACCAUGCUGCAAACAGAUGCUGAGCUGCAGAUGCAGAUGGCAGUCAGCGGGGCGAACCUGCACAACGUGUUCAUGCUGCUGACGCUGGAACCCCUGCUGGCGCGGAACCCUUUCCUGGUUCUGCAUGUCCGGAGGGAUCAUUUAGUGAGCGACGCCCUGCGGGAACUCACUAUCUACUCCGACGUCGACCUCAAGAAGCCGCUCAAGGUGAUAUUCGACGGAGAAGAGGCAGUGGAUGCUGGGGGCGUGACCAAGGAGUUCUUCCUCCUGCUCCUAAAGGAGCUGAUGGAUCCGGUGUAUGGAAUGUUCACCCAGAACACAGACUCCAACCUGCUCUGGUUUUCCGACAAGUGUUUUGUGGAGCACAACUGGUUCCACCUGAUCGGGAUCGUGUGCGGCCUGGCCAUCUAUAACUCCACGGUGGUGGACCUGCACUUCCCCCUGGGCCUCUACAAGAAGCUGCUGGGAGUGUCCCCUUCCCUGGACGACCUGAAGGAGCUGUCCCCUACGGAGGGAAGGAGUCUGCAGCAGCUGCUGGAUUAUGAAGGAGACGACGUGGAGGAGACCUUCUGCCUCAACUUCGGCAUUACGAGGGAGUACUAUGGCUUGACUGAGGUGAAGGAGCUGGUUCCGGGUGGAGAGAACAUUAGUGUACAAAAGGGCAACAGGGAGGAGUUUGUGGAGGCCUACCUCAACUACGUGUUCAACGACUCGGUGAAGGAGCUGUACUCCGCCUUCUCGAGUGGGUUUCUGAAGGUCUGCGGGGGGAAGAUACUCUCCCUGUUCCAGCCCUCCGAGCUCAUGGCCAUGGUGGUCGGCAAUAACAACUACAACUGGGAGGAGAUGGAGAAGAACGCUGUUUACAAAGGGGAGUACUCUCCGUCUCACCCGACAGUGAAGAUGUUUUGGGAGGUAUUUCAUGAGUUUCCACUAGAGAAGAAGAAACAGUUUUUAUUGUUCCUGACGGGCAGCGACCGCAUCCCCAUCCACGGCAUGGCGAGCCUGCGCAUCGUCAUCCAGUCCACGGGCGCCGAGCAGCACUACCUGCCCGUGGCGCACACCUGCUACAACCUGCUGGACCUGCCGCGCUACCACACCAAAGACACGCUGCACCGCCGGCUAACGCAGGCCGUGGAGCAGUACGAGGGCUUCAGCCUGGUGUGAGGGAGAGAGGGAGGGAGGCAGGGACGACACAAUGUGAAGAUCAUUUACAGUAAAGCUUGUUUCCUUUUUAAAUAUCUUUGUAAUAUUUGAAUAAAAAGGUGGUUUAAUGAAAUAUCAUUUAAAUAUAUAUAUAUAUAUUUAAAUGAUAUAUAUAUAUAUAUAUAUAUAUAUAUAUAUAUAUAUAUAUAUAUAUACAUAAUAUGAAAUGUUCUGUGAGAGGAUCAAAUGUUUUCUCUCUCUUUCGCUCUCUCUCUCUCCUCUUUUUUUUCCCCAGCUGUCCUUUGGCUGGUUUUUAUGCUGGAGAAUUUGGGGCGCAUGUGAAACGGUCGCGCUUUUAAAGUGACUGUUCAGUUCAGGGUCCUGUCAGGGGAUGAGUGACUCUCAUCCAUGACCCCUUGACCCCUGACCCUGACCCUGGACACUACAGGCAGGAUGGGUAUCUCAGUGUGGAGUGUGCCACUGAAUGCCGUUCCCAACUCUGAUCCCCUGGCUUACCUUUACCAAAUGUAUUUUUCACUAAAGUCUUGCGACCAUGAUGAAUAA